AUGAACCCAGUAAUAUCCUUCUCAUUCAGCUCGGCAAUCAAUGAAGAUCUCUUAAACUGCUCCAACGAAGUGAUGUUGAGUCUAGACAUGAGAGACUGGAAAACUAACGAAAUAACGUUAUCUGAUUUUGCUCCGUCCAAAACAUGGAUCACCUUCAAAGUGGAGUACUUGUUUGAUAGGCUGUUGUGGUGUCUUUGGCAACUGAUCAGAGUUUCCAACGUUUCCAGUGGCUCUAAAGACUUGAGAGCUUUGAGGGUGUCCACUCUCUUUUUGUAUGACUCGCUCUUCUCAUCAGGAGCCUCCACCUGGAAAACUCCUUGUAUCACCGAACCAAAGAAACUCGAUUCCCUGCCGGUGGAAGUGUCGUUGGAAAACAGUCCAGAGUUCGAAGACUUGAGGUACCUGUGGCUGAAAUUGAGUAAAUCCUGUAACCCGUUGAUUAGUUCCAAAAUUGAGUCGUCAAUAUCGUUCGUUCCAUCCUGGUUGAAUCUGGAGUUGAUGGUGAAGAACUCGUCGAGCUUUUCGCAGAAACAGGCUGUGAUGUCAAAAGUGCACUUGAAAACCAAAUCAGGCACAAAUCUGGUGGCCGUGAUUAUUAGCGAGUUCCAAGAAGCAAGAACCAGCGACGUCUUUGAGUUUAAAAUACCGUCAGACACAACUUGUGCAAAUCUUGGCGGCAUUCCGUCGUUCUCCAGAGCAAACAUUUCAACAGGGAUCUUUGCCUGUGAAGCAAUCUUCAAAAACUUGGAAAUGGUGGCAAGAUAG